AUGACACCAACACUUACUCUUGCCCUUGGGUUUAUGACCGUUGUCCAAGCUGUUCCAUCAUGGAAGAAGGCUGAGGUCAAGCGAGACGCUUCCGAACUUGCGAAGGAGUAUGAUUAUGUUGUGGUCGGCGCGGGAACCGCUGGCACCACGAUAGCUGAUCGUCUCUCGGAAGAUGGCGGGCGAAGUGUACUCUUGGUUGAAUACGGCCCUCUUGCUCAGGAUGAUUCGUUUAUGCCGUUGUACAACACUCCGGCUGCCAAGUUCAUGUAUAACCUGACAUCGGUGCCACAAGGCAAUGUGAAUAACCGAACCUUUCCAGUAGCUAAUGGAGCUGUUGUAGGUGGUGGGUCAACAGUCAACGGACAAUUCUUCGACCGCGGUAGCGCGGAAGAUUACAAUAAUUGGGCCAGAUUUCCAGGAAAUAACGGAUGGGAUUGGGAUGGUCUGUAUCCUUACUUCAAAAAGAGUUCUGCUCUUGCACCGUUAACGACAGCGAUGGAGAAAUGGGGUAUAACAUAUGAUCCCUCCGCGUAUACUAGCGAUGGCCCCGUGGUCGCUGCCUACCCUGAUUACCAAUUUGCUACCCAGAAAAAGCAUUGGAAGGCUUGGGUCGAGAAGGGGAAUGUUCCAAUCCAAAAAGAGCAUGCCAAUGGAAACGCUUACGGUGUUUUCUGGAUACCCACCUCAAUGGAUCCAGCAAGAGCGUAUAACAGAAGCUUCUCCGGAUUGAGUCACUAUAUCAACGUUCAGCCGCGCAAGAACUACCACUUAUUGGCCUUACAUCGAGUUACCAAGGUGAACUUUGUUGAUAAAGAUGAUAAGAAGCAUGCAAAUAGUGUCGAGAUCCGGAGCCGAUACAACUCGACGGCGAACGCGGUCUUCACAGUCAAGGCGAAACGUGAAAUUGUUCUCUGUGCUUCUGCCACACGCACCCCACUGCUUCUGCAGUACUCUGGGAUUGGACCUAAGAAGGUACUCGACGCCGCCGGAAUCCAGACUCUUAUAGAUCUCCCUGGUGUAGGGUGGAAUCUGCAAGAUCAUUCUUGGGCGCUUAGCCUGUACAACCUUACUACGGAUGUCUCGUUUCCCAAAGCGACAACAAUCGCAUCGAAUGCUACAUACAAAGCGGAAGCGUACAUGAUAUUCAAGAAAACCAACGGGGGUCCAUACACUGCUGCUGUCACUUCUAGUGGUGCUUUCCUCCCUCCUUCGACUUUUGUUGGCGACCAGUAUAAACAAAUAGUAAAGCAGAUUGCCGAUCAAAAACCUGAAAGCUAUCUACCUACCGAUACCCCAAAGGAGCUUAUUGCGGGAUACAAGAAGCAGAAGGAGAUCUUACUUGCAUCUUUCCAAUCCACGACCAACGCUUGGCUUGAACAUCCUUUCAGCGCCAAGGGCUGGGGUAUGUGCAUCUUGCUCAAGCCCUUCUCGCGCGGCUCUGUCAAUAUCAACCCAGCUGAUCCUCUUGGCGACCCAAUCUUUGAUUACCGUAUUUGGUCCAACCCCAUUGACAAGGAAAUUCACAUCCGUAUGCAGUCAUAUAUUCGCAAGCACUUCCUUAAAUCGAAAGCUUUCGAAGAUCUUAACAUUGUCGAGCAGGAUCCCUCCCCUGGUGCUGUCAUUGACGAUGCGGGCUGGGAAUAUUGGCUUUUAAACAAAGAUAAACUCAUGGCAUCCAAUGGUCACAGUGUCGGUACCGCUGCAUUAAUGCCACGCGAGUUAGGUGGCGUUGUUGAUAACCAACUUAGGGUGUAUGGUACGCUCGGCCUCAGCAUUGCCGACACCAGCAUCAUCCCAUUGAUACCUGGAACUCAUACACAGACAACCGCAUACGCUAUUGGUGAGAAGGCUGCAGAUAUCAUCAAGAGCCGACAUGAAAAGCUUUGCGAAUCGUAG